GUCAGUCAAACUUCAGGUUUGUCGGUGACCUUUCCCGGCUGUGCCGCUGGAAGGAUGUAGGAUGCGUAGAACGACUGCUGGGUGUCAGGCAGCUCAUCCAUCACGUCCACCAACGCUGCUAGAGAGAGCCGGAGCAGCGCGGAAGAAGAAGAGGAGGAGAAGGAGGAAGAGAGGGGUGUACCUGACACCCCCAGCCGCACAUCGCGCGUCCUUUCCCGCAGACACGCUCCGGGCUUGUCCCCCUGCAGUAGUUACACCUUGUUGAUUGAACGGCCGAACAGCACCUAAAGGAGUGCCUUUUAGGAACUCGUGAAGACGUUUUAUAUUCUCACGGAUUCCAUCGGACUACACAUGAGAUAAUGUUUGUUCUGGUGCUUUCUCUCCUGGUGGCCAUGACCGGAGCAGCGGGCCCGGCAACGGACAAGAGUUGCUCCGACCUGCGCCAGUUCUAUACCGGGAAGGGCUUCACGCUGGCCGGCGUUCCUCAGACAGAGACCUCUGGUGAACACCUGAGGACGUGUCCACAAGGUCCGACUUGUUGCACCGACACCAUGGAGGAAAACAUGGAGGGUCUUAGUGCACGAGAGACAGAAGCACUGAUCAGGGAGGCCGGCAGAUCGUUGCAGGCAUCCUUCAACACUCUGUAUAGAAGCUUUGACACGUAUUUUACGGAACUUCACAGCCGCUCGGAACGCUCUCUUCAGGAGGCCCUCUCUCCCCUUGGCCCCCUAUACUCUCAGAAUACAAGACUCUAUGGGGAUUUGUACUCUGACUUGAGGCAGUACUACCGGGGAUCUGCUCUCAACUUGGAUGAGACGUUGACCGAAUUUUGGUCACACCUUCUGGAGCGCACCUUCAAAAGCUCCACCCCCAGAGAUGUCACCCUGUCAGAAGACUACCUUGAGUGUGUUGCUAAGCAACAUGAGACUCUGCGGCCAUUUGGAGAUGUCCCACGGGACAUGAAAGCAAAGCUUAUACAGGCUUUUGUCACAGCCAGGUCAUUUGUGCAGGGGCUGAUCAUCAGUGGGGAGGUCGUCAGAAAGGUCUCACAGGUUUCUCUGAGUCCAGAAUGUGUGAAGGCCUUGAUGAAGCUGGUUUACUGUCCCCAUUGCCGCGGCCUUGCCUCUGUCAAACCAUGUGCCAACUACUGCUCCAACGUCAUGAAGGGCUGCCUGGCUAACCAAGCUGAUCUGCAUCCUGAAUGGCAAAAUCUUAUUGAUACCAUGAUCCGGGUGGCGUCCAGUUUCAGCACAGAGCCCAGCCUCGAUGUGGUUCUCUCUGCCGUUCCUGCUCAAAUCUUUGAAGCUGUCCACAUACUACAGGAAAACUUUGACACCUACACAGCCAAAGUGUACCAAACAUGUGGAACUCCAGGCGAACCCGGCACAGGGAGUCCUCCGCUUCACCAGCCAAAGAAAAAGAAGAGCGGCUCUCUGACCGCCUCAGAAUACAAACCCUCUCCCACUGCAGGUCUCAGACUGGAGAUGCAGGUGUCAGAUCUCUCCAGUAAAUUAAGGGAGAUGAGGCAGUACUGGCUGCAACUUCCUGCAGCACUUUGCAGUAAAUUGGCAGCAGGCGGCGCCAAUCAAGACAAAUGCUGGAAUGGAAUGACCAAGGCCAGGUACCUUCCUGAAGUGAUGGGUGAUGGCUUAGCCAGCCAGAUCAACAAUCCAGAGGUGGAACUUGACAUCACCAAGCCAGAUAUGACAAUCCGUCAACAGAUCAUGCAACUCAAAAUUAUGAGCAACAGACUAAAAAAUGCUUUGGAAGGCAACGAUGUGGAUUUCCAGGAUGCAAGUGAUGACAUCAGCGGCUCAGGAAGUGGUAUGUGCCUCAGUGGCCAGUGUCCUCGGAGCAGACCAGGCCUGUACGCCUACCCCCCUGACGACAACCAAGUCACUGGUGCAGCCGGGUGCCAAAGCCUCCUGUGCAACCGCCUACCGCUGCUACCGCUGGCUGUCCUGCUCCUUUGCCGAUGACGCGCUAUCUACCGCACCGUCUGCCUGACCCUGAAGUCCAGAGAAUGACUGGACCGUGGGAUGGAUGAAUUGUGUUCAGUGGAAUGAAGAUGGAAUCCCCGAAAAAGCAAAAACUGGUUCCUGAUUUUUCCCUGUUUGACUAUAGUUUGAUGGCCUCCUUUUUGUUGAGCUGCUUUCCAGGAAUUUCCCGGAAGCGACUCAUGAGGAGAACAAGACAAAACAGAGACAGGGAAGACAGACAGCUGAGGUUGAAGAAUGGAAUGUGGGUGAUGACUUAUUGACUUCUUACAAGGUCCACUGUGCUCCUGUCAGUAGUGACUGAGCUCAAUGCUGAGUUGGCCCUUUACUGUAUGUGAUGCGUCCAUCAAGGCUUUUUCAUUUCAAUGUAUUUUUUAAAAAUCUGGUGUCAAGGGUGUGUACCUGAACAAAAUUGUGUAAGAUGUAAAUGUGUGUGUGUCUUACCGCCACUGUAUAGUGUGUUUGCAUACAUUGACUAUAUCAGACUGGCAACAUAAUGAGCCAUUGAUGUACAUAUAGUUUUCAUCACAUUACCUCCCCACAUAACCUGUGACGUAACUGUCGAAAUUUUGUGGCUGAACAACAGGUAUAGGACUUAUUUGUAUUGCUGCCGAAAAAUAAUCACUCUCCGUAAAUGUAUGCCAUGUGUGGACGGCGAUAUUACAGUUCAUCUAAGGAUUUCGGCUUUUAACACACUUAUAAACAAAGCGCAGACUACCGUCUUUGAAUCCAUGAGUUUUAUCUUAUUAUGAUGGCAUGCCAAACUUUAGAUGAUUUCUCUUCUGAUUGACCCACUGAGAGCGUAUCACGACACGCUCAACAUAAACUCAAAGGGAUUAAUUUGUGUAUGACCUCUUAGAAGCAACACAUGAGGGAAAACCAAAGCAUUUUUUACUUUUUUCAACAACUCUUAACAAAAUAUGAUACCCUUUUGUGAAGAUUUGUCACAGCAAAUACACCUAAUCAGAGCCUCCCAGUUUCAUAAAUCAGUUCAAAUUAUCAUUUGGAUAUACACAAUAUUGCCAAAAGUAUUUGGCCACCUGCCUUGACUCACAUGUGAACUUGAAGUGCCAUCCCAUUCCUAACCCAUAGGGUUCAAUAUGAUGUCGGUCCACCUUUUGCAGCUAUUACAGCUCUAACUCUUCUGGGAAGGCUGUCCACAAGGUUGCGGAGUGUGUUUAUAGGAAUUGUCGACCAUUCUUCCAAAAGCGCAUUGGUGAGGUCACACACUGAUGUUGGUCGAGAAGGCCUGGCUCUUACCCAAAUGUGUUCUAUCGGGUUCAGGUCAGGACUCUGUGCAGGCAAGUCAAGUUCAUCCACACCAGACUUUGUCAUCCAUGUCUUUAUGCACCUUGCUUUGUGCACAGUCGUGUUGGAAGAGGAAGGGGCCCGCUCCAAACUGUUCCCAUAAGGUUGGGAGCAUGGAGUAGUCCAAAAUGUUUUGAUACCCUGGAGCAUUCAAAGUUAAAGUUGGAACUAAAGGGCCAAGCCCAACUCCUGAAAAACAACCCCACACCAUAAUUCCUCCCCCACCAAAUUUCACACUCGGCACAAUGCAGUCCGAAAUGUACCGUUCUCUUGGCAACCUCCAAACCCAGACUCGUCCAUCCGAUUGCCAGAUGGAAAAGUGUGAUUCAUCACUUCAGAGAACAAAUACUUUUGGCAAUAUAGUCUAUUUUUGCCAUGCAAGCAACAAUUGACAAAGUAUAAGUUCUGCUGUACAGGAUCAAGUAAAAACAAACCAAUAAGAGCAUGCAAACUCCACUUAAAGAAGCCUCAGCCUAGAUUUGAACCCAGGACCUGCUGGGUGUUAUGCAGACUUGCUAACCAUGUGCUUCUAUAGUCCCCCUAUGGUUUUUAUUACGACAAUACAAUGGUAUCUCAAUUUAAGUGUUUUGAGUAAGAAGUAUGCUUAAGUUGCAAGCAAAAAGUUUGAGUUACAAGCAUCCCCUGCAUUAAUUAGUCCACAGUGCUGAGAAGAAGUGGAAGACAUUUAUUGAAUUACAUAAACAAAUAAUUAAAAACAUGACCAAGUUUGAAGCCAAUUUGCUGGUCUGCACAAUGCUGAAGCAGGAAUGAGUCCAACGCCAGCCAUGAAUGGUAAAAUUAUAUCUAAAUGGCAUAUAUUUAACCAUAAGAUAUGUAAAAACUGCUGAUGGUGUGUUUGACGGAGAAGACGUUGGAAGGAAAUACCGUAGAAGUCCACUCUUCAAGGUAAAUGCUGCAUAUUACAUUACUUUAGAAAACUACUGUAGUUGUUUGUAGUACAUUCAACUGUAUUGUUCUUAAACAAUAUUUCUUAUGUAAAAUUUGUUACAAGGUAAACAAAAGUGUGCUGUUUUGGGACGGCCAAUCACCAAUCAAAUUGAUUUAAAUCAUUUUAAAUGGGAGAUGCUGAUUUGAGAUAUACUGUAAGUGUUUUCAGUUAAGCGCUCUGUCACAGAACCAAUUAAACUCAUAAGUUAAGGUACACAGAAAAUAGAACUGUAAACAAAAAUAGCUGGACUUCUUCAUUCUGCAGAAGGUUGACUUUUUAAAGGCACAUAAUACAGUAUCACCUGUACUUGGCUUGCCUUUAUUUGGAUCUGUAACAGUCAAUACUGCAGAUUCCCCCAUCCAUCAUACACAUAAAGUUAAAGUGACUUGUGUAUGCAAUUGUUAUUUUAUUGUUUUUCUGUGUUCUAAAUGACAAACCCUACACAUUAAAC